GAGAGCGAGAGAGACGGCGGAGGGAGGGAGGGAGCGAGCCCGAGCCUGGGCCAUCGCUGGCCCGCGACAGAGCCGGACCCUCCGGACCCUCCGGACCCUCCGGACCCGCCCGCCCGGCCUUCGCCCCCGCGGGAGCCGGACCUUGCAGGCAACGGGCGCUCGCUCGCCCGCCCGCUCUAUGCCUCCGGGCGCGCCAAGCUGAGGCUUCCCCGCCCUCCGGCCCGCUCGCCCCCGCCGGCCGCGUCGCCCCCCGCCGGGCCCGGGGACACAUGAGAUUCUUCAGGCUGACCUUCAAGUGUUUCGUCGAUUGCUUCUGACCUCCUGAGCCCCUCCCCGCCCCCCGGAGUGGCCUCAAUCGGGGCGCCUCUCGAUCACCCCCUCCCCCUUUUUUUGUUUUCCUCCCCCGGCCUCCCCCUCAUUGGGGGGGGGGGUCCCUCUGUCGCUCCCCCCGGUCACCGGGGUCGCCCCUUCCCAGGCCUCUCCAUCCCUCCGCCAACUCUUGGGGGGCUACCGUGACUUCCUGGUUCUCCAGGACUUGGGGGGGAACCCCGCUUGCAUCCGGGCCCGGGGAGCCUGAGCCGGUCCUUUCCUAAGGACUGAAGGGUCAGGGGUCCCCCCCCAGCCCGACCCCCCCCCCCUCCUCCCCGGGCACCAUGCCCAAGAAGGCCGGUGGCUCGGAGAACGGGAUCUACAGCGUGCCCGUGCAGGACAGGAAGGGGAGCCCGAUGGCCCCCACCCCGCCGGCCGGCCCCGGGGGCAGCGGCCCGGACGGCGGGGUCAAGGGGGAGCCCCUCGGGCCCCUGGCCCUGCCCGAGCGGGAGACGUGGACCCGCCAGAUGGACUUCAUCAUGUCCUGCGUGGGCUUCGCCGUGGGCCUGGGCAACGUGUGGCGCUUCCCUUACCUGUGCUACAAGAACGGGGGCGGUGCGUUCCUAAUCCCCUACCUCCUGAUUGCCCUGCUGGGUGGCAUUCCCAUCUUCUUCCUGGAGAUCUCCCUGGGCCAGUUCAUGAAGGCCGGCAGCAUCAACGUGUGGAACAUCUGUCCUCUCUUCAAAGGCCUUGGCUUCGCCUCCAUGGUGAUCGUCUUCUACUGCAACACAUACUACAUCAUGGUUCUGGCCUGGGGCUUCUACUACCUGGUUAAGUCUUUCACCGCCACGUUGCCGUGGGCCACGUGUGGCCACCCCUGGAACACCCCUGACUGCGUGGAGAUCUUCCGCCACGAGGACUGCGCCAACGGGAGCCUGGCCAACCUCACCUGUGACCAGCUAGCCGACAAGCGCUCCCCAGUCAUUGAGUUUUGGGAGAACAAAGUCCUGCGCCUGUCUGAGGGUCUGGAGCAACCUGGGGAGAUCAACUGGGAAGUUCUGCUUUGCCUACUGGCCUGCUGGGUGCUGGUUUACUUCUGUGUCUGGAAGGGGGUCAAGUCGACCGGAAAGAUUGUCUAUUUCACUGCUACAUUCCCCUACGUGGUGCUCAUUGUCCUCUUGGUGAGAGGCGUGAUGCUGCCCGGAGCCCUGGAUGGGAUCAUCUUCUAUCUCAAACCCGAUUGGUCCAAGCUGGGGUCCCCCCAGGUUUGGAUAGACGCUGGGACACAAAUAUUCUUUUCUUAUGCCAUAGGACUGGGCGCCCUCACGGCCCUGGGCAGCUACAACCGUUUCAACAACAACUGCUACAAGGACGCCAUAAUCCUAGCGCUCAUCAACAGCGGGACCAGUUUCUUUGCUGGGUUUGUGGUCUUCUCCAUCCUGGGCUUCAUGGCCACUGAACAAGGGGUUCACAUCUCCAAGGUGGCAGAGUCAGGGCCUGGCCUGGCCUUCAUCGCCUACCCCAGGGCCGUCACCCUAAUGCCCGUGGCCCCGCUCUGGGCUGCCCUGUUCUUCUUCAUGCUGCUGCUCCUGGGCCUGGACAGCCAGUUUGUGGGGGUGGAAGGUUUCAUCACUGGCCUUCUGGACCUGCUCCCUGCCUCCUACUACUUCCGUUUCCAGCGGGAAGUCGCCGUCGCCCUCUGCUGCGUCCUCUGCUUCAUCAUCGACCUGUCCAUGGUGACUGAGGGUGGCAUGUACGUCUUCCAGCUGUUUGACUACUACUCGGCCAGCGGGAUGACCCUGCUGUGGCAGGCCUUCUGGGAGUGUGUGGUGGUUGCCUGGGUCUACGGGGCUGACCGGUUCAUGGACGACAUAGCCUGCAUGAUAGGCUACCGGCCAUCCCCGUGGAUGAAAUGGUGCUGGUCCCUCUUCACUCCCCUGGUCUGCAUGGGGAUCUUCAUCUUCAACGUGACGAACUACAAGCCGCUGGUGUACAACAACAGCUACGUGUACCCAUGGUGGGGUGAGGCCAUCGGCUGGUGCUUCGCACUGUCCUCCAUGCUCUGCGUGCCACUGUACAUCCUCCACAAACUCAUCCGGGCCAAGGGAACCUUGGCUGAGCGUUGGCAGCACCUGACCCAGCCCGUGUGGGGCCUGCACCACCUGGAGUACAAGGCUCAGGACUCGGACGUCAGGGGCUUGACCACCCUGACCCCAGUGUCCGAGAGCAGCAAGGUCGUUGUCGUGGAGAGUGUCAUGUGACCCGGUCUCGGCCGAUUAAGAGAGUGUCGGCACACCCAGCGGAUGUGAGGCGCCUCUCCCCGCCAUCAUAGCCCCCAACCUGUCGACCACAGAGAGCGCCCCCAACACCCACCCGCUUCAAACCGCGCCACUGAACAACAGGCACAGGGCAGAGCCGUCUCCGGGGCUGGGAGGACUGGGAGGAUGGGGAGGAACGGGGAAAACUGCCCUCAGUUCCCCGGGUCCAGGAUGGAGCAGAGUAGGGGUCCGGCUGGGGCAGCGUAUGUGUGCGUGUCGGGGGAUGGAAGGGGCAGACUGAACGUCGGGGGUCCUGGCGGAGAACGAUGGAAGGUUCUAGGGAGGCCCUUGGAGAAUGGAGGAGCAGGUAAUCUAGGUUUUUAACAUGUGUUUUGCUUUUUGUUUUUAAUAAAAUGCCAAAAACAAAUGAAAAAAAUCCCCCCCCCCCCCAACCCCAGCUGAGUUGGUUGAAAUCUUCCCGGAGCUGGGGGAUUCUGCCUUGCGGGGAGAGGGAAGAGGCUGGUCCCAGCCCCUGCCCUCCUCCUGUCCCUUCUCGCCAAGCCCUGGGGAAGCAGAGAGCCAGCAGAGCAGGCCUGGGAAGGGUGGAGCUGGCCCUGCUGCCUGUGGAGGUCAGGGUGGUGAAGGUGAUGGUGAUGUGAUGGUGGGGAUCAGAGAAAAUCCUUUACUCCUACCCCCGGACCCACCCACUGCAGAGUGGACCUACAGGUGACGGUGGGUCUUGGGGCCAGCGCCCCCACCCACCCCACCCCUCCCCCAAACCAGAAGCCCUGGGCUGCUGAUGCCCCCUCCCGUUGCCUCUCAGACUCAUCCCUCAGGUCCCAGUGCCCAGCUUGAUGCUGGGAUGAGGAAAUUUUGGAGUCCUUCCCCACUCUUCCCCAUCCCUGGGUGCCCGGUUGUCUGGACACGACCUCGGCUGACCCAACGGCGGCGUCCUCUCCCAGGCGGCGUCCUCUCCCAGGCAGACCCCCCCGCCCCUUCCUCCGCUUCCUCCCCCUUUCCCCGCCAGGCACCAUCCGUUGGGAGCAGCUGUUCUACGUGCUGUUCUACGAGGCAAUUUCCCCUGCCCCUCCAGCAACCACCCCAGAGCCAGCAGUAGCUACCUAAACAACAGUGCCAUGGGAGGUGCCUGUGGAGCUCGGAAAUUCUGGCAAAGCAGCCAGGAAGGGUUCAGCUCCUCCACUCUCCCUCUCUUAGUCUGACCAGCCUCUUGCUCUGCGGCCCUGGGUUCCAGGGCCCAGAACCAUUGGCAAGUUUUGACCCUCUUAGAGCAAACUUUCCACCAACUCAGCAGGAUGAUACACACACAUAUAUAUAUGUGUAUAUAUAUAUGUGUGUGUGUGUGUUGUGUGUGUGUUGUGUGUGUGUGUGUGUGUAUAUAUAUAUAUAAAGUAUAUAUAUAUAAAUAUAUAUAUAUAUAAGAGAUCACUAUACCAGAUGUAAAUUAUGCUCCAACAACAAACAAGGCUUGUAUUUUGCACAUUUUAUAAAAGUCAAAGAGAAUCUAGGAGGAAAAAGAUUUCUGCCUGUAUAUUUCUAAAAAAACUAACCCCUUGACCAGCCACGGCCCCGCUCUUCCACCUCACUCUACCACCCUGGUGGAGUGAGAGUCCUGAACAGUGAGUUCUAAUUUUCUUAACAAAAAAAACAAAAAAAAAUUAUGAGAAAAAGAAAAAAAAACCCACCCAAAUCCUGAUUUUUUUUUUUCUCUGUGGGCAAUGAUCACAUUCGUUAGCGUUGGAUAAAAAGCAAAAUCAAAAGGAUGUCCGGCAGCUGAGGGUGGGAGAGAAGAGGGAUGGGAGGCUGGGUACCCGAACUCCAUGGCGUGGUCUGUGUGAGGAGGGGAAAGGAGCCGCCCCCCCAGGCUCAGUUGACCCUGGCGGGAGGGGCGUGCCAGCGGCUGACCGACCACCCACGCACCUCUCAGGGCUAUUGUGGGAGCAGGGGUGCCCAGUAUUGUUUGAGGGCUGGGGCAAGGGAAGGUGGAGCCAAGUCGAGCACUCCCCGGUGCCAGCCGUCCCUCAGAUCCCCAUUGGCGGUUGGCCCGGGACUGGAUGCCCCCGAUGGCGCCGUGAAGAGGGAUAGGGCAGAGGAGAGGAGCCUCCCCGGAGACGGGGUGCCCGGGGAAGGGGACCCCGAGCCCAUGGUGACCUGUGUCCCCCUUCCCUGGUGUCUGAUGCACUUUCAUAUCUCAGUCUUCCAAGUAGCAGCUUUGACCCGCCUCUCUGUGUUGUGUCAAAAAAAUCAGAGCCAACCGAACCUACCCGACCAAGGUCCCCCAGCCCAGAGUGCCGGGGAGGGGGCGAGGAGGUGGGGGAUGGGGGGGCGCGGACAUCGUGAAUGUGCUAAAGCCACUGCGAACAUAGCAAUAAAGACAUGUCAUUUUCCAGACCUC